AAUCUUAAAUGUAAUUAUCUAAUCAUUUAAUGAUAUUAUCAAGUGUAUAUAUUUUAUCAAUUGUCAGGGUUUGUUUUGUUAGUUCUAUGUAUGGCUCAGCUAAACAUGUCAAUAAAACUAUAGCCUACCUACCAUUAUUAAUUUUAAUUAUACUAAUGUCUAAUUAAAUAGUCUACAAAUGUAAUGUUUGAUGAUCGUGUUAUUUUACAUUUGCUACCAGCCUAAAUAUUAAAUAAUGUUUUAUUACACAUUUAACAAUUGAUUUUUGUUUUUAGUACAGUUCCAAUUCAAAAGUAAAUGAUUUAAUUUGGCAAUUAAAUGUUAUAAUCAAAUUUGAGCGACGGCCCAGUAGGCGGGGACACCCAUGACAACAAACCGGCCAUUCCUCCAAUCAAACACCUCGCUGCGGCUAUCCCUGUGUGAUGCUGACACGGUACUCGCUCAUGACAGAGGAUCUGUUGUCCGCACAAAAUGCCUAAUAACCAUUCGGUUAAUGGCAAACCCUCUGCUAAUACGAGGAAACAUAAAUCGGGUGACUGCCUGGUACACACUCUGCCUUUUAAAUAAGGAAUUAAACCCUCAACGUCUGUUUAGACGUCACAGCACGCACUCAAAAGCAACCUGACGCGAGCGCUCCUUUCAUGCAAGCUCGCGGAUAUUGAGGGAAAGAAAGACUGAAGGCAGAAAACUGACCGGAGCUUACAACAUUGUUUGGGACGGCGAGAGGCUUGCAGAGGGGAGGUAAAGAAUGCAAGGUAAGGGCCUAGAUCUCUGGUGCACCUCUCAUGUCAACACAAGUGCAUGCAUUGUGUAGGGCAGGCUAUAUCCUGUAGACCUUUUAAUAGGCUACAGUGUUGCAGAAUGUUAUGUUUUUAUCUGUGCUCAAGAUAGGCUUAUAUUUAAUAACGUAAUAAAAUUCCGUGCCGCUUUCUAUCUAUUAAUCCACUUUGGAUAAAUCCAGCUUGAUUUGGAUUUGUAGGGUCUUUGAGUUUUUCCUGGGGUAAAUAUUAGAUAUGAACACUUUUAUUAAAUUAAAAUAUUAGGCCUAGCUGUUGUAAUAGAUAGUUUAGGUUAUAGGGUAUAUGGUUUCAUAAAGUAGCAUAUAGGCUAUUUCAUUCACCAUAGUCAACCUGAAUGUCACAACUUUGUCAAAAUGAAACAGUAGCAAGACUAACGGACUGGCAGCAGCAGAAGGUGCCUAAUUCUUGGAAAUGAGGGUAAGAACCAAGAUUUGUCAGUCACGCAAGGUAAUCUAUUCCUCAGAUUUAUCCUGGCAGCAGCUGAAUCCUAAAUAGAAAAUGGCCUUAGUGUAUCAACAUGCUUGAAGUGAUUUUGAGAAGAACUCUAAUGCUUUGUUCAUUUUUUUUAUAACACAGUAUUUAACCCUAAUAUGGAGUAAUCUCAUAGUAGCCUACCCCAAGUAUCCAUCUGGCUUGUGUCUUGGUGAAAGCUAAUUAAUUACGUUGUAAAAAUUUAGGAAUUAUUUUAAAAUAAAAAACAAAGAAAAUUGAACACAAAAAUCUUAAAUAUUUAUUGACUUGUUAGCCAUUUCCACUCCCUAAUAUAUGGAAAAGUAGGAAAAGUCUUUUUGUAUUUCACACAGAAAGCAAGUAAAGGGCACUCAUUUUAUAAUCCCUUAUUCAGUAUGAUUCUAUCUAGUGCAACAGUGGUAUAUUUAAUGAGUAAAAUAUUUAAAUUAAAUAUAAAAUUAGGUUUUUACAUGUUACUGUUGUCAAUAAAUGUUUUAUUGGCAUUUCAAUUCAAUCUGUUAAAUUUCCAAUAAAUAAACAUGUAAUAUUAUUAGUAACUGCACUUAUUAAUGCAAAACCAUAGAAAUUUGAUUCAAUUAGGCUUUCUUUGUGAUUAAUAAUCCAACCAACACCACCAAAUCAGGUGCUGGUGCCACCAUCUGUAGAAGUUUGUGGCACCAGAGCUACUGCUCUCAAAUGUUAGUCUGGAACCCUUGAAUGUAAUAAUUGUAAUUAUUAAAUAAUAAAGUAAUAUUAAGUAAUUUAAAAUGAGAAUUUCUUAAUGCAAAUUAGUUUAUUACAGUCUUUGAAAUCUCUGAAAAUGAAUGCAAUCAAAUGAAUGUAACCAAUAUUUCUAUUCUAGCCUUGCAGCAAUGUGGUGAGGAUCCCUGAGUGGUCACCAUGAAAGGAGGAAAUUCAAAGUGUGCUUUCUCCCUGGGCUUCUUGGUGGGCAGCACGUUGUACGUGUUUUUGAGACAGGUAUGGUUUGAGGAGAGCUUCAGCUGGCAGCAUGAUGGCAAAAGCAACCUUUCUCCAAUGGAGCCAGAGCAAAACACCCCCAACAUUACCUGGAGAGUGGAAGGGUCUGCCCUGAUCAACCUCAAGCAUCCUCACCAGCCAGGAGAGGACAGUCACAUUGCAGACGAGCUGUUCAAGAAAGUGCGUAUCCUGUGCUGGGUGAUGACAGGGCCGAGUAAUCUACAGUCAAAGGCUCGGCAUGUGAAGGCCACUUGGAGUCGUCACUGUAACGUAGUUCUGUUCAUGAGCUCUGAAGAAGAUCGCAGCUUCCCCACAGUGGGCCUGGGCACAGGAGAAGGCCGUGACCAGCUGUACUGGAAGACUAUACGUGCCUUCCACUACGCCCUGAAGAACCACGUCGAUGAGGCAGACUGGUUCCUCAAAGCAGACGAUGACACGUUCGUCGUUGUGGACAACUUGCGCUGGAUCCUGUCAAACUACACGGCAGAGCAGCCCAUAUACUUCGGCAAGAGGUUCAAGCCGUACGCUAAGCAGGGCUACAUGAGCGGUGGGGCAGGUUAUGUUCUCAGCAAAGAGGCCUUGAAAAGGUUUGUCGAGGGUUUUAACACUAAAGUGUGCACUCAUACAACACCAGUGGAGGAUCUAGCGAUGGGUCAGUGCCUGGAGAAAAUGGGGGUGGUAGCAGGAGACUCCAGGGACACGCUGCACCGGGAAACCUUCCAUCCUUUCAUUCCUGAACACCAUCUUACUGGAAAGUUCUCCAAGACCUUCUGGUACUGGAAUUACUGCUUCUACCCAAUUGUAGAAGGCCCACAGUGCUGCUCUGACCUAGCAGUGUCUUUUCACUACGUAGACCCUGAGCUAAUGUACACGCUGGAGUACUACACUUACCGUCUGAGGCCCUAUGGCUACCAACACCGCUACCAGCCUCCAGUGCCUGCUGUACUAUCGUUGGCUUCCCACACUGUGAAACCCACAACAGAAGCUCAGGGAUUUGAUGAACAUUUUAAAGAAAAGUUAGUUUCAACUUAUACCAUGAAUCCCAAAGCUGAGAACACAAAGACUACUGAAACAAGAAUUCACAAAGUCACAAAUGCUUUCCAGGGGAAAAACAUAACGGACAGAAGCACAACAUGAUUGUGAAUAUGCAGAAAAUGUUGCAUGAUGUAAAUCUAAAAUUAAAUCACUGACUAAUUGGAAAAGUGAUGAUCUGGGCUAAUAACCAAAUCUGUAGGUUCAAACCUCAGCAAAGAACACUUUUUUUGCCCUCUUAGUAAUUUGCCCAGUUACCCAUUAGUCACUUUGGACAAGUGUUUGCUACUUAGGCUACUAUAUGCUCAAUGAAUUUGUUGAUAAUCCCUUGCUUUGUGAUUGCAUUGUAUUGCUGCUUCUGGU